AUGGCGUCUGUGGCUCUGAGAGAGGAGUUAAAUUGCUCCCUGUGCCUGGAUAUUUACACCACCCCUGUCAUGCUGAGCUGCGGGCACAACUUCUGCCGGGACUGUAUUGCUUCUGUGUUUGAUAGCCAGCGGGAACGCGCCCAAGCUUAUUCCUGCCCUGAAUGCAGAGCAGAAUUCCAGGAGCGGCCUUCCCUCAUGAAGAUGCGGAAGCUGUGUAACAUUGUAGAGCAUUUCACGUCUACCCAUCAGCAGCAAGAGCGCAAACCCGAUCUGAUCUAUUGCUCCUACUGUAUUGACUUCCCUAUGGUGGCUGUGAAAAGCUGCCUGCUCUGUGAGGCCUCCCUAUGUGAGAACCACAUGCACAUGCACAGCAAGUCAGUAGAACAUGUAUUAGUCAGCCCUACUGGCUCCCUAGACCUCAUGAAAUGCUCAGUACACAAAGAGGUCCUGAAAUACUACUGCUCACAGGACAACAGGUCCAUCUGCACCUCCUGCUGUCUGCUGGGGGAGCACAAGAACCACAAGGUGGAACUUAUCAACCAUGCUGUUAAAAGCACACAGGAGAAAGUCAAAGCUGCUAUAGAAGGAAUCAUCUCAGAGAAAGAAGAGACUCAAAGGAGAAUAGAAAUCCUAGAGGGAAAUGCAAGAGGUUUUCAAAUGAGAGCCCAGGGUAUGAAGAACAAGGUGGCUGCUUUGUUUGAGGUUAUUGUAAAACAGAUCAGAAUCAUUCAUGAGAAAGUUGUGAGUGAGAUUGUGAGACAGGAGGAGAAGGUCUCAGUGCAAAUCUCUGGACUGAUUCAGGAGCUGGAAACAACUUUAGAGAACUAUUCAGAAGAUUUAAGAUACUUUGAGACACUAAAUAACAUGACUGAUCCACUGACUUUAUUGAAUGAAUGUACAGCACUCUAUGAUUCACAGUCUGAAAAUAAUGAAGAUGAACAAGAAGAUGUAGAAUCCAAUCCAGAUCUGGAUGAGGUCCACAUAUCACUGUUUUUACAUAAGAGUCUUGAGAUGUUUGCAGAUAACCUGCAUCAUAUGGAAGCAGCAAAAGGAUUUUAUAUUCCAGAGAUGGCCGAUAUAUUACUGGAUAUAAAGACAGCUGGGAGCUAUAUUGAUGUCUCAGAGGAUCUGAAAACCGCUACAAACACAAAUACUUUACAACCCAACAGACAAAUGACCAUUAAACCUUUUCAUGUAUUAAGCGCUGGAAGCUUUUCUUCAGGAAAGCAUUACUGGGAAGUACAAACCAGUGGGUCAGAAGACUGGAAAGUUGGAGUUUCCUAUUUUGAGUCUGCAAAUGUUUUUGUUUUUGCAAGUAGCACGUGGUAUUUAUGCAAGUCUGGUGGGAAGCUCUCUGUCUUCCAUAAAGACAAACAAAUUGCUUUACAUGACAAGGCGUCCAUUAGCAGACUUGGUGUCAUUCUGGACUAUGAGGCUGGGAGACUUUGUUUUUAUGAGAUGUCUAAACCCAUCAGAUGCUUACACACGCUCAAUUGUACGUUUCCUGCCCCUCUCUAUGCCUCAUUUACUGUUAAAGAGGGUCAUAUAAGAAUUAUAAACCCUAAGAAUCAGAACCAUUAA